CCAAAGCGGAUAAAAGAAAGUGUCUAAAUGUAUGUAGGUAAAGACUGUGGGGCUGUUUUUUUAUUUAUUAUUAUUUUAUUUUGUAAACGUCCUUAUUUCCUGUGAGCAGCCCAUGACGCAGAGCCGAACCCGGAAGAGAGCACGGAUCACACACAGCAGCUUGUCCCUCUGCGGUGGCGAUGCUAAACCCCGGAGCUGUCUGUCCGCCCCAUUUGGGAUGGAUUUAGAAGAGGCGCUUCAGGUAGUUGGCGAGUUUGGACCCUACCAGAAGCGGGCGGUGGCUAUCCUCCUUCUGACACAGGUGUAUAUGGCCUGUCAGUCCAUGCUGAUUGUCCUGAUCGGAUCUACACCACAUUAUCGGAUCGAGCAGCAGGACGUCGUCCCAUCCAGCCAGCAGGAGCUCAUCCAACGUGUCACCUUUACAGAAGACAUUGACUCCAUAGUGACCGAGUGGUUUCUCAUCAAGCAGCAGGCCUACAAGGUCAGUCUGGCUGGAUCGCUCUUCUUCGCAGGGCUUCUGGUCGGAAACAUUGUCUUUGGGCCGCUCUCAGACAGGAUUGGGAGGAGACCUGUCUACUUGACAGGUCUGUUUUUUGAGGUAAUCUUUGGUUAUGUGACCGCCUUCGCUCCCAGCUAUGAGGUCUUUGCCGUGUCCCGUCUGCUGGUGGGGCUGAUGAACGGCGGCAUCGGCCUCGUGUGUUUCGUUCUAACUCAGGAGUACGUGGGCAAGUCCUACUGGGCCAUGACCGGGACUUUGACCAGCAUGACUUUUGCCAUUGGUAUCGCCCUGUUUGGAGCUUUGGGCUACUUCAUCCAGCCCUGGAGGAGCCUGGCUGCUGCGGCCAACUCAUCCGGGGUCCUGUUCUUCCUGCUGUCAGUCACUCUCCCAGAGUCUCCUCGUUGGCUGUACUGUCAGGGUCAAACUCAGCAAGCUGAAGAGGUCCUUCGCUACAUAGGGCUAAGAAACGGCAAUGCCGCUAACAACCUAGUGUUGCAGCGAAUCACCACUGCUAAAGCUGGUAACCAUGACAACAGGGGAGCAGGUGUCCUACAGCUGGUGCUCCAUCCUGUCCUGCGACAGAGGACCAUGGUGCUCAUGUAUGUCUGGUAUGCAUGCAGUCUGGUGUACUAUGGUCUGACUCUCGGAGCCAGUGAGAUGUCUGGUAGUCGGUAUAUGAAUGUAGCCAUGUACGGCCUGGUGGAGCUGCCCGCCUACCCCCUCUGCAUAUACUUCAUCAACAAACACUGGCAUCCUGAAGCCACACAGCUCAUCUUUUAGCGUCGGAAGUAAAGCCAAUUGCAUUUUUUAAAAAUUGUUUGGGGAACAAAAUGAAAUGCUGAAGCUGGAAGGGAUGGUGCUACAGGUGUUUUCUUAUCCAUCACCUGCACUUUCACAGAGCUUUGUUUUCAGCUGGAGAGUGUUGUGCCAACAAGGAAGAGAUUCUUGGCUGCUUUCAUCUGUCCUGUUUUGCAUGAUGGGUGUGGGUUUACAAUGUAAAUUCAGGUGAUUGGCUGAUUGAUGGGUGGGUGAUUUAUGACAGAUUUAGAUGACAUCAUGGAGCCCAUCACCCUAGUGUAUUAUCUUAUAUGUGUAUUAUCUUACCUGCUCUCACCUCAGUGUUUCAUCUUCCUGUCUGAGAUAGUUCUUGAUGUAUGUAAAAUAUUAAACGCUCCUAAUAAUUCUCUUUUUCUUGUGACUGUUCCAGGGCAAGUUUUAUGUUUUAACUUUCCUAUAUAGCUAGGAUUCUUGAGAUCUUUUUUGUUACAAAAAGUUAAGUUGGUCUUAUUUCUUAUACACUUUGCUUCUUUGAGAGAAAACUAAUUGAUACAGCUGCUUUGUGUAUUGUU